GCCAAGUCUAUCAAUUCAACAUGUUCGCUAAGGUUCUUAUCGUCUGCGCUGCCCUUGCAGCUGCCCAAGCUUCUCUCCUGGCUGCUCCUCUAGUUAACACCGGAAUCAGCGUGGAAUCCAGACAACAAGAUGCUUUCGGUAACUACGCUUAUUCCUAUGACAUUAAGGAUGGAGCAACCGGAUCCAUCAAUUCCAAGGCUGAAGUAGGAAAAGCUGUUGCUUUCGCCGCUCCAGUUAUCUCUGCUCCUUUGGCCUAUGCUGCCCCAGCAGUCGUCGCUCCUUUGGCCUACGCCGCCCCUGCAAUUGCCGCUCCAGUGACUUACGGAGGUGUUCUCGGGCACGCUGGUGUGCUUGGUCUUGGAUACGGAGUAGGUCUCGGACAUGGAUACGGAGCAGGCAUCUACGGUGCUGGACUCGGCAAAGUUCUGUUGUAAAGAGACACCCUCAGAUGUAUAUGGAAUUUUUCUUCCAUCUUCAAUGCUCAAAAUUUGCUAUUUAUUUGGAAC